CCUCCGUCCGUCGAGUCUAUAGAGUGCUGGUGCGAGUGCGAGUGCCCCCCUCUUGGUGUGUCUGUAGAGUCUUCCGCCACGCUGUGCAAGGUGUUCCCCAGUCCGGGCACCGCCCGCAGCGUUUGGGCUCUGCCGCAGACCUCGUGCAACAUGGUGGCGGACACGGAUCAUCCGGCGGCCAGCGUCAAGGACGCCGCCGCCGAGGCGGACAUCGCCGAACAACAGCACAAGACCAUCUUCGACUUGGUCAAGUGCGGAGAGAUUUCGGACAUAGAGGACUACGUAGAGAAGUUCGGCACCGAAGUCCUCCGUGACCGCGACGAAUGGGGCUACACUCCCGCCCACUGGGCGGCUCUGGACGGUAACGUCGAAAUAAUGCGUUACAUCGUCGAUCGGGGGGCGCCUGUCGACCUGCCCUGCCUAGGCACCCAGGGCCCCAGGCCCAUUCACUGGGCCUGUCGCAAGGGCCAUGCCGCCGUCGUUCAAGUACUACUGCAGGCGGGGGUUGCAGUAAACGCUGCCGAUUUUAAGGGACUGACGCCGUUAAUGACGGCGUGCAUGUUUGGGCGAACAGCCACCGCCGCAUAUCUUUUAGGUAUGGGGGCGUUGAAUCAUUUGCUGGACAUCAACGGAGAUACGGCGAUGCACUGGGCGGCCUACAAAGGGCAUGCGGACUUGAUAAAACUGCUUAUGUACUCGGGAGCCAACCUACAGAAACCUGACCACUUCGGAUCUACUCCCUUGCACUUGGCCUGCCUUUCUGGGAGUGUUAGCUGUGUUAAACUUUUAUGUGAAAAAAGUAAUAUUGAAUUGGAACCACUGGACAAAAAUGACAAGACACCAUUGAUGCUGGCACAAAGCCACAGACACGGUGAUAUAGUGGAGUUACUUAAAACGGAGGUGAAGAAACGGUCCAGUUGGUUUCCACCAAUCAAUGAAAUAUGGGGCCUUCUGUUCGGAAAAGCGGGUAAUUCCAAAGCUCCCCUCCUGUUCUUUAUGUGCUCCGUCCUUCUGUGGGGUUAUCCCAUGUACGUCAUCAGGUGCAUUCCAAUCACAUGGAACAUCUUGAGAGGCUCACAUUACUGCUUCAUCUAUUGGAACGUGGUGAUGUGGGUGUGCUGGGUGAUUGCCAACAGAAAGAAUCCGGGCUACAUUCCUAUGAAUUCUGAAUCGUACUACAGAGCAAUAAAACAAAUUCCUUAUUUUGAUAAAUGGAAAAAGCGGAACGCCAUUCUGAACCGCCUCUGCCACACCUGUAGGUGCCUAAGACCCUUGAGGGCGAAACAUUGCAGAAUUUGCAAUCGAUGCGUCUCGUAUUUCGACCACCACUGUCCGUUCAUCUACAACUGCGUCGGUCUGAGGAACAGGACGUGGUUCUUCUUGUUCGUGAUGAGUGUGGCCAUUAAUUGUAGUUUUACAAUUUAUUUCGCCACUUAUUGUAUAGCCAUCGAAGGCUUUGGAAUCAUGUACAUAUUAGGACUGUUUGAGGCAUUCGUGUUCUCCGGUCUCGGUUGGAUUUUGACGUGUACAUCGGUGCUACACGCUUGUAUGAAUCUGACCACGAACGAAAUGUUUAAUUAUAAACGUUACCCAUAUCUAAGGGACAAACGAGGAAAGUAUUUCAAUCCGUUCUCGAGAGGUCCCAUCCUCAAUUUGAUCGAGUUCUUUUUCUGCACACCGGAAGAUUACGACGAUGAUUACGGAUACGAGUACAUAUGAUAUAGAAGAGUCAGCUGUAAUAAUGAUAAGAGAUCACACAAAUAGCUUCCCAAGUUAGGAAUGAAUCUGGAAAGAACUCCGAAAUUGGAUCGUACCAGAUAACGAAGUUGCCUUAUAUUGCUUUCAAUCACUCUGAUCGUUUGUGUGUUGUUGACCGUUAUUUUGUGCUUGAAGUUUUGGCGGACCUUUUAUUUGAUAUUUCUGAAAUCAAAUGUCCGCUUGUAUCUUUUUGAAUGUUCUUGAAAUUUAACGAUGCUUAAAUUGUACGGCUGUGACUCCUAGCUUAUAUUGAAGUGUUGUUAUCUUUGGACUCUGACUCACUUCGGUGCAAGAACCAAACUAUUUUUAAGUGUUUUAAUGGAGAUCUUUCCACGAUUUACUUUACACAGUAUUACAUUGUUUUCUACCGUUCACUUUUUGAAGUGGAAUGUUUUUUGCAAUGCAAAAAUUGUUUGUUAUAUUAACUAAAUUUUGUAAUUGAGCUUAGAGCGAAUAAAGUUUUUGA